UACCAUGAAAUAUGCUCUGAACUCAAUGGACAGUUCAGAUCAAUUGACUAUUCUCUAACUGUCGCAAUGCAACUAGGAACACUAUAACUUAUACUGCUAGGAGAGCACUGGAGCAUUUCUCAUGUAUGAUAAUUGAUGAACGCCUACAUCUCCCUAUAUGAAAAUGAAUUUUCAGCUAACUCUACAGAAAUAGAGAUAUCUCUAAAAUAAAGUCUAAUCUCUCUGAAUAAAAAUGCAGGGUGAGAUUUCUAUAGAAAAUUUGAUUAACAGUCUAAAUUUCUUUGAAUAAAAUGAAUGGUCAGACAUCUUUAUAAAAAUAAAGACAUCUACAUAAAAAAUGAUGAACGGUCUAGAUAGCUCUGCAUAAAAUAAAUAAAUAAAAAUGAUUAGUUAUGCAUCUUUAAAAAAUAGAUAAAAAAAUUAAAAAUGGCCCAUGCAGGUCUCGAACCUGCGACCUUGGCGUUAUUAGCACCACGCUCUAACCAACUGAGCUAAUAGGCCAGCUUAUAUUUAAGAUUUUAAAAGAUUAUAUUUAUUAUUUUAAACUAAAUAUCAAAACAUUAUUUAUUAUUUAUCAAUUACUUGUACCACAACAUCCAUGUAAAUAGUCAAAAGACUCAAAACCUUAUAAACAUCUUCACAAAUAUAAUCAUACAACAACUCUCUUCAAGAGAUGAGAUGAAGAAGGGCCAUGGCCCACGAUCAUCGUCAUCUCCUUCGCCAUGCGCCGCUUGCAAAUUCCUAAAGAGAAGAUGCACUCCAGAUUGCAUCUUCGCCCCUUACUUCCAUUCCAAUGACACCCAAAAAUUUGCCAACGUUCACAAGAUCUUUGGAGCCAGCAAUGUCGCGAAGCUCCUUAGCGAAGUUCCACCACAGCUACGAGAAGACACCGCGAACUCGUUAGCUUAUGAGGCCGAAGCUCGGGUAAGAGAUCCAGUCCACGGUUGUGUCGGUGACAUCUCCCUCCUACAAUGGAAGAUGCUCCACCUCCAACAUGACCUUGAUAAUGCCAGAGUCCGUCUCGCUCGAUAUACUAAUCCUCAUCCAUUUCCAUCGUCGUCGUCGUCUUCAGCAUCUGUUCCGGUCUUUUACGACUACAACGACAUCGAUGUCAUGGCUCAAUUGGGUUCUGCACAACUAGCAAGUGAGAGCAUUGAAGAUAUCCGUUGACUGGGUUCAUCAUCACGUCACGAGUCAGCGACUCGGCGAGUCUGUGUUAGUACUUUAUUUUCUUUAAUUUGUUUUUGGUUUUCUACAUUAACAAAGAAGGCCGAGUCACUGAGUCAACUCGGUUACAUUGGUUUUUCAGCAUAACCUCUAGAUUGCAUUUUCCAUGUCAUUUUAAUCCCAUCUCUUCAUGUGGAAACACAUGUGAUGACUUAUCAUUGUGAAAAUUCAUGUUCCAAGUUACUUGAUGAAUGGGCCACGUUUUUUUUAA